GUCUUUCUUUUCUUGUUAGUUCAUAGGCGGAAAGGGCCAAUAGACGAGGCAAAAUCGCACUUCGUCACCCAUCACUUCCUUGUUUGGCCUACGCCGGUGACGGAACUUUGAAAAAACAUCCGCUUAUAGAUUCUAGAAUAAUUCCUACCACAAUCAAUCUUUCUUUCUGUGACCCAAGAUUUGGAUUCGAUUCUUUUUGGUGGGUUUCGAUCCCGUGAGGUUUCUGUCAAGGUUUUAGCACAGCUAUGGAGGAACGACCUGCUUUUUCCAUUCAGAGAUCAGGUGCAAGUCAGCUUAAUAACCAUGAGAUAUCUGGAGGAUUAUCAUCAUCUUUUCCCGCCCUUUCAACACAUCUGGAAGAGACAUAUCAAAAGUUCCCCAAUACUCAACAAGCACAUGCAGAAAGAGAACUAAUGACUAGGCCUUUGGCCCUUGCAACUCAUCUUCCCACCAAUAAUGGGGUGGUUGGUCACAUAUUUUCAUCAUCGUCUGGAUUUUCAAGUGAUAUUCAUUACUCAUCAGCAUUACCAAGUGAAAAGCAUUCAAGAAAUUCUCCUUUCAUAUCUCAGUCACCAACUAAUACUGCAGCAUUGCCAUUAUCACAAUCUUCACAUUCACUGUUGCCUCAAUCUACAAUACCAAGUCACUGCAACAAAGAAAAUAGUGGUUCUUGGUGUACAGAUCCAGAUUUUCUUGAUUUUCCUGUAAGCACCCCUGUUCUGAGCAGUCAAGUACAAAACAGUAGCUGUAGUGGUAUUAUAAGAUCUGAGGACUUGGGCAAACAAAAUGAUUGGCAGGAAUGGGCGGACCAGCUUAUCACUGGUGAUGAUGCAUUGGCUUCCAAUUGGAAUGAGCUUCUUGUUGACAACGUUACGAAUCUGGAACCAAAUAUGGCAUAUCAGGUGGAAAAACCAUGCACAACCGUACUUGCACAGAAUCAACAGCUUCCUUCUCCAUCUGUAGAAAGUCAAAGUGUUGUAAACCCCUCUUCAUCUGCAAAUAAUGCCCCAGCAAAACCACGAAUGCGGUGGACGCCAGAACUUCAUGAAGCCUUUGUUGAAGCCGUGAACCAAUUGGGAGGCAGUGAAAGAGCUACUCCAAAGGGUGUGUUGAAGCUUAUGAAAGUUGAAGGCUUGACUAUAUAUCAUGUUAAAAGUCACUUGCAGAAAUACAGGACAGCUAGAUACAGACCAGAGCCAUCAGAAGGAUCCUCAGAGAAGAAGUUAACUUCUAAGGAAGAAAUCUCAUCUCUGGACUUGAAAGCGGGCAUGGGGAUAACUGAAGCUUUGCGUUUACAGAUGGAAGUUCAGAAGCAGUUGCAUGAACAGCUUGAGAUUCAAAGAAAUUUGCAGUUGCAGAUAGAAGAACAAGGGAGGUACCUUCAAAUGAUGUUUGAGAAGCAAAAGUCAGGUUUAGACAAGCUGAAGGGAUCAUCUUCUAAUCAGGCGAAUCCACCUGUUCCUUCAGAUGCUACCAAUGAGUCUCCUACAAAAACUGAAAUGGAGUCCUCCCAGAGGGAUCCUGGGAAUUCCGGAACAGGCACUGUUAAUGCCAAGUCCAUGUUGGAAAGAAGUCCACAAGAAAUUUGUGGAGAGCAUAAGGCACCUGAAACAGGUGAUCUAGAGAAACCCAAAACCCGUGUUUCUGAGUCAAGUUCACAACAAACCUCAAAGCGCCCAAGAAUUGAAGAAUAAGUUAUAUGGCAGCUUUAAAUUGACUACCAUAAUUAUUUCAUGGAUGAGCCCAAGAUGAGCCAAGUUUAGAUAAGUUAGAGCUUUAGAAGUUUUAAGGUCCUCUUCCCUCAUGUAAAUCCUUGUGAACAAUUUGCUUCAGCACUGCCGUAUUUAGCUAGAAGAACAAACGCUUAUAAAAUAGUUGAGUUUGAUUAUCCAGACUCCAACCUCAUCAAAUGAAAAAUGCAGGUGCAUUAUAUAAACACCGGUUGCACAAACUGCAUUAGUUAAGACAGUGAAGGAGCCCGAUUUUUUUAGGGAAUUUAGUUGUCAUAAACUUGUUGAAAGACAUGAAUAAAAUUCCCAUUCCGAGAUUUGUACA